AUGCGACUCAGUCAGCAAAAGCGGACGCCGUCCCUAGGGAGAACCCUCCCGCGCCUGAACUCCAGCUGGCAGAGCUCAUCACCCUCAAUGACCACCUUCUCACCAUCAGUCCACUCGCUAGACCGUCUCUUCGGCCUUCCCGCUGAGCUCCGCGAUUGCAUCUUCACGCUCGCCGUCAAAGAUUCCGAACCCAUCAUCGCCGACGUGCUCCCCCAUGACGCUGCUCUCAAUGGGAAGCUAUCGGAGACCAACAGCAACGCGAACAUCGAAUACGCCAUCUGCCCGACUCUACCUCCGCCAGCCUUGACGUGUCGGCAAGCUUAUGCGGAGGUCGGUGCUGUGUACUAUCGUGUCAAUACCUUCAGGUUCCGCCUUCACACAAAUCACACCAACUAUCAAACUUUCACGGCCCAUAAGACCUUCCGCGAAUGGCUCGACCGCCCGACUCGCCGGCCGGAACAUCGCAAGCUCAUCGUGAACAACAUCCGCCAGGUCAACAUCGUCUUCCGCCUUUCCCACAUGGAUGAGAAAGGAGGAGUCCAAGUAUACGACAUGUUCGAUCCGACCACCGACGCGAGCCGACUCAGCCGGGACAAGAGUGGUUUGGUGCACUUGCAUCUUCACCCGGAGCUGGCUGGAAGAUGCAUUUGCCCUCUGUUGAGAAAUACCAGUUUCACUGCGCCGGCCACCGAGAUGGAUCUGGCAUUCUAUCCUACACCCGCAGUGGAUCAUUGGAUGGUGCUUUUCGAGGAAAAUUCACUGUCAAAACUUCGGACCUCCAAAGAUGCAAGUGAAUUGUACCAACUUGCAAGAUUCGCCUGCAGCCUAGGACGGAGUGACGACACUUCCGGCUUCUUUAUCUGGGACACCCCCUUCUUCUUCCCUGACAGCUUGACCACCAUCCUUGGCCGGCCUUGUGUUCAGUCUCCCAGGACCACCGCGAGAACUGCUCACCAGCAAUCCCUCCAAAUCACGGGAUUCCGCGCAAUCAAGACGAUCGACGGCAGCUCACCCGCAAACGACGAGGCACCAGUGCUUGAUACACCAGCAAGCAUCGAACGAAUGGCGCAGACUAUGGACACCUCAAUAGAAACCGCGCGUGCUGAGGAGAGCCAGCAGAACGACGUCACGAUGGCCAACACCACGACCGACCUCACAGCCCCCAGUGCUCCAAGCGUACCACCGGUCGCUAGUACAGCAUGGGUCCACGACAACUUAGCUCGAGGCGUGGUCCACUCUUGCAACAAAGUCACUCGAGUUGAAGGCUUCGCCGCGAUACCAACUGGGGACCGCUCAAUCGAUGAAGCAUGGUCCGAAGCAGAAACGGACGAUGGACGUUUGUACUACCUGAACAAGAUUACCGGGGCGACCAGCUGGGGCACCCCGGCGACCUUCAAACCGAACCGCAUCUUCAAGCUUGCUCCUGAGCUCCGCGAGCGCAUCUUUCAGUUCACGGUUCACGAGCCCAAGGGCGACCCACUCGACGCCGAAAGAGUGGAAGUCGUCUCUUUUAGAGACGACUACAGCCUAUCUUGCGCCAUCCUCCCUUCUCUGCCACCGCUUGCUCUGACCUGCAAGCAAGCCUACACUGAAAUCGCCGCAACGUUCUACCGCGAGAACAUCUUCCGCUUCCGCUUCAAAGUUGAUGGCGGUCGUAGCGACAGCUCGAAGUUCUACGUAUGGCUGAUGAAAAGAAGUAUCGACUUCCAGGACCCUUCUCUGGACGACCGCGAACUCCCGACUAUCGACGCAGAGCUCCAGAAGGAUCGUACAGUCGCGGUCAAGUAUAACCGGAAACUGCUUUCGCGGUGCACGUGCCGCUUGAAUCAGAUCCUGAAUUCGUGCAAUGAUGCUGUGGAAAAAAUUGCAGAGUCCGGUGAGGACCGGGAGUCCAAUGGCCUCAUUCAAUACUGCGAACAGGUGGAGGAACUUGUGUUCAACUACAUUUGGGCGCCUUCGGCGGAACACUAUCACGAUGACAACGGGCGUCUGGAAACAAGGCAUUCCUACGAGAGGUUCUUCAAGGAUGUGCGGGACUGUGAGAAGUGCGUCGAGACGUCGGAGUGGGCGCCUUUUAAAUGGGGAUGA